GAUGAGAAUGAGUGAAGACGUGAGGGAUUACAGUCUGACCGAGGGGUACGCGUCUGCGCAUUUGGCUCAUGGAACUCUGAAUGAUUGGAGCAGUCCCAAAUAUUUCACUUUCAACUGGACGUCAACUGCCACCCUCGGCAGCAAAGUCAAUGCAUCGUUUAGGAUAAGAUACCGCUUGGAAGGAUUGGUAACAGUGUUUGAACUACACUGGAGCUUUCCAAUAUUAGAAGACUGCACCCUGCGACUCUGGCCAGAGGAGGGAAGCUUCAGCUGGGUCCACCUCCCCCGCCUCCCCACCAACUGCAACAUCUUCUUCCCUCGCGCUCUCUCUUCCUCUCCCGACCUCGGACCUGGAUUACUGGUCACCCUGGACCGUCUCAACGUCCCUUGUUCCACUGGAAGCUUAAUAUUCAAAGAAACCCCGGUUACAUCAACCCGGAAACAACAACAGUUCUGCGGUAAACUGGAGGAAAUCCCAGUUCCAGGACGACAGAUUUACUACCAGUUCGGUUUAAACCCGGUUUUGAGGGUAGAAGGAAGGCCGAUUUUCGUGGUGGGAUACAAGUUUGUGGAUUACUGUUAUAACGUGAGUUUAACUGGUAGAAACGGGUCGUUUGAGAUUGGGGAGGAUAUGUUGAGAAGGACUACAGGGUUACACUGUAACUACAGGAUAUCGUUACCGUAUGGGUAUCGUGCGAAUAUAGGGUUGUUGGUUGGGGGUGGGGGUGGAAAUUCCCUCCCAGAGUUGACGGGAAGUUUAAGACCGGAAACUGUGAGACCGGACGCCGAAGAUCCGGUCUGUGAGGGACUCCUAGUGCGUCUCUGGGACGGUCCAACAUCUUGGUAUCAUUGCGCCACCCCGGCUGAUCCUCCGCGUCAACUGACGGUGCUCUCGCGGGAGAACCGCGUCACUGUCCGCGUGACCGCGACGCGAGUAGCGCGACUCCAUCUGUGGUAUGACACAGUGGCUGUGGCCGAACUGGUGCAACAGUGUGACUUCGGUUGGGUCGCGGCCGGCAGGUUGUGUCUCACUGUGGUGGAGGACAGGAGGCUCGGCUGGGAGGAGGCCGAGGACGAGUGUCAGCGGAGGGGAGGGCAUCUGGCGUCCAUUCGCAGCGAGCAUACGCAGCGGUUGGUCGACAAUCUGCUCACGCAUAGUCCUGGUUACGGAGACGAGAACGCUUACUGGGUCGGGGCGACUGACAAAGAAAAUGAAGGAGAUUUCCGGUGGUCGGACGGUCUACCGUUCACUUACUCAAACUGGUUCCCGGGUUGGGGCCGCAUCAGUCGACAGCCGAACGACGACGGGAUGAGCGAUCAGGACUGCGUCGAACUGAGACGUGCCUAUCAUCACACUGGAGGCCACACGUCAGGCCUCACGUCAGGCCACACAGCAGGUCACGUGUCAACGGCCACGUCACUGCCCGUUCUGGCACAGUCGUUCAUGUGGAACGACCGCGACUGUCGGACGCCCAACCACUUCCUCUGUCAAAGGAUUACUAUUGAAGGAGGAGGAUCUCUAGACGAAAUCGACUGGGAGUGCAACAAGACAGUGAUCCUGUCGAACGAGCAGCCGAAAGCAGUGGUGACCAGCCCCCUGUUCCCCCGGUACUACCCCAACAAUGUUGACUGCAGCACCACCAUCACGUGUCCACCCACGCAUCGCAUCCUCAUCGAGUUCGACGAACUGGUUCUCGAGGCUGAAUCACUAUGUGGAUACGACGUGUUGGAACUUUGGGAAGGCGGCAAAGAAAAGCCAUCGAAGCGGUUAUGUGGUGAUUGGACGGAUCGCUUAAAGCUACUACGUCACAAGACAUCAGACUCCAAUCUCAGACUUCGAUUUCACUCAGACUAUUCGCAUAAUUUCGGCGGAUACAAGGCUAGAGUCUCCAUGGAGCAUGCUUCUUCAGAGUGCUACGACGAUCGGCUUCAAAUGUUCAACAACAGCUGCUAUCUGUUUGCUGGCUACCCUGAAGUAACGUGGCAUCAUGCAAAUCAGUUGUGUGAUGGUAUACGUGCUGACCUAGCCAGCGUUAAUAGCCCUGAGGAAGAGCGGUUUGUUGUAUCGAAAAUCCGCGAGUCACGUGACUAUUCAACCAACGCAAUCUACUGGCUCGGCGGUCAAAUGCAGGGACCAGACGACUGGCACUGGGUGGACAACUCACCAAUGACUUAUACAGCGUGGCUGAAGAAACCAGGCCUAUCUUCGUCGCUAGCAUGCUUGGGUAUGCAAUGGGCGAGUACUCCAACACCUCUACUGCCCAGCGGGUUAUAUUGGCAGGCUCAGGAUUGCAGCUCUAUUGGUGGUUACGUCUGCAAGAAAGAGAAUCAAGUUUCAGGCACCGGCCUCAACCUGAACGGCACCGUGAACGGGACAGAGGGCCGACUGACCUCUCCCCGCUAUCCGGCCCCCUACUUCCACAACCUGGACUACUGGGUGAACAUCUCCGCACCCGAGGCACACCGCAUCGUCAUCCAUUUCACUCGACUCGACCUUGAGGCUCAGGCCCACUGCCUCUAUGAUUUCCUGCAGCUCGGCGACGCCAAUCGACGCACGCAGCCGAAGACGCUGUGCGGCCAUUAUGAUCCAGCUCAACUUGAAAGACUGAAUUUUGUAUCGGAGAGCAACGCGGCGAGCCUUCGGUUCCACUCUGACUACUCGAUAUCGGGAGGCGGCUACUCGCUGAUGUGGCACGCCGUCGAUGUGUCAGGGUGUCCGCUGCAGACUCUCACCGCCAAGGAGGGAGUCAUCACCAGCCCCAACUACCCUCACUUCCUGCUUGCUCAUCUCGACUGUUCCACCACCAUACUGGCUCCUGCUGGCAGGAGAGUAUGGCUGGAGAUAACAGACUUCGACAUGAGUUUGCCGGAUGCUUUGCUAGAGCUCAGCCUGGGUGGUGGUACGGAGCGGAUCCAACCCUUCAUGAGGAAAGACCUGCUAUCAGAUGGCGUUUUUCUGUCGGUUGGAGAACGGCUUCAGAUACGCCUGAAAACUGGUGACGAACCAAAAGGAAGAGGGUUCAGAGCUAUAUACAAAACCGUGAGCAGUGUUCACGAAGGCAGAGUGCUGGACCUUGGGAAUACGACGGGUGGAACUUUGAAUUGGGUCAAUUAUCCGCUGAAUCCGCCAUCGGAAGUGGACUUCACUGAUAGACUUGUUGUGCCUCUUGGGAAGAUAAUUCACCUGCAGUUCUACAACACAGAGCCCAGUUUAUGGGACGACAUGGAAGGCAAGAAGUCGUGCGCGGAUGGCAUGGGUGAAAUCGAGGUGAAAGACACGUACGCCGACCCUAGCGGCAACGGCACAUGGUGGAAGCUGUGCGAAGCUCCUGGUCACGAGGAGGUCGUGCCUCUCUCGAUCACUUCCUACCUCAACACCAUCCAAAUUCGACAAAUUAACAGCUUGGCGAGGAGUGGAUCGAAGGGAAUCAAGCUCAACGUUUCCGUUAGUGUGCAGACAGACUUGAAUUACAAGGUGAAACUGCUGCAGAGUCCAACUGACAGCGCUGUCGAAUCAUGCAGACCCAAUCCAUGUCAGAAUGGAGGAAAAUGUGCCAGCAGCUCCAACAAGAAGUCUUGUCAAUGCAUCGGACAUUUCACUGGAAUGUUCUGCGCACUAACCGUUUGCGAGCUAGAGCCUUGCCUUCACGGACGUUGUGAGUUGACCGCGACAGGCUUCACAUGUCAUUGCCUGCCAGGCUACAUCGGUGAGACGUGUGACACCAAGAAGAAGCCCUGUGCUGACAAGCCAUGCGAGGGACGCGGUGAAUGUAUCCCCAGGUCCGAUACAACCUUCUACUGCAGGUGUCAUGCUUGGUGGGAAGGUCCUAGAUGUGAAAGGCGGCUCAUGAUGAGGAUACCCUACAAGCCUCUCUCAGAAAGGAUGCUGCAGGAGCCGUUUUGGCUGGGUUUGAUCACAGUUACCGUGGUACUUGGCGUUCUCGGACUUUUCUGGUGUGCCAAGAGGCACUUCCCUGAGAAACUCGAGAAACUGCUGGCUGAGGAAGCUGACAGGAAUAGGCAUUGUCUGGGCGUGACCGGUCGCACACCCUCCGUCCGCGAGCAGCUAGGCGGCGGCGCGGGACCGCUCUACACGUCAGGUGGCCAACUAGCGGUUCCCGGCGGCGGAAGCGGCAGCCUCGCGGGAGCGUCCGGCGGAGCCGCUGGUGCGACAGGCGCUCCUCGCUCGCUGUUUGGCCGCCUCGGUAUCCGCAAACCCUCCCUGUUGAGCCUGACCAGUCCGCUGGUCACUCCCGCGCAUCCGACCGCCCAUACCGCCAGAACCUUUAGCCUCGAUGACCUGCUUAAGCAGCCACCCGGAAGUAAGGAGCAUCCGAUCCUCUGUCGGCCCCAAAGUCUCGACGUUGUAGCUACGGCGCGUCUACACGGCUUCAUGUCUCUUGGUUUUGGUUAUUCCAAUAGAACACCAUCGCCGCGUAAGAAGCGCAACAAUUCAACUCCUGUGAAAAGGAACGCCGCCGUGGAGAAGAAGGAGAUCCUUCAGCAGCUGGUGUCUCCAGCCAAUAGGAAGCCGAGCGUCGAAGAGGUCAUUGCCCUCGCCACCAGCAAAGUCCAAGUGGACGACUGUGACGAUCGUGGUAUGGAAACCACUUUCAGCAGUCCUGCGCAAUCAACAGUCUGCGACGCCAAGCUGGAGAAGAAGGUGACGUUCGCCCGCCUUCUGGAUAAGGUCUCCUCGGAGAUGAGCUCGGGCUCAGAGCUGGAGAACAAUGGCUCGAGCGUGGUCGGUCGAGGUGGGGCCAGCACUCGUCCGAUGUGCACCAGCCUUAUUACCAUCACGACGGCGCAGUCUGAUGUAAAGUCGCCGCACAGCACUAGCAGCAAUCAAGGUAGCGACUCCCUCUCCAGUUCGGAUGCCACUCUGCACCUGCACACAGGCGAGCUAGCGAGACGUCCAGCGCGCCUCAUCCUCGGACCAAAGAAGACCAACUCGGCCGACUCUAUCCUGGCCAUGUUCCGCAACUUUGCCUCGACGACUGGAGGCGGAAGUGGAGGCGGAUUAGGGUCCUCCAGUCUGGCCUCGCCCUCGACCACCCCCACCGCAUCCAGCCCUCAGGACGAGCUGGUCGGCUCUGACGACUCGUCAACUGCCACCCCCAUCUCCACAUCCAGUGCGGCUGAGUCACCCACCAUGUUUAACCGAAAGCACACUAUUCAGGUAUCUGUACUGGAUCCACUGAGUGCCCAAAAGAAUGCCUCUAGCUCUCACAGCAGUCACCUGUUACACCCUCCUUGCAUCCUGUUGGAGGUACCCAACAAAUGCCUGUCUCCAAUCAGAGAGGUACCUACCCCCUCGCCCUCACCCGCACUCACACCUAUCAUGCCUCGUCAUCAGCUGGGUAGUCCUAGCCCCAACCUCAGCCCUAACCCUAACCUCAACCCUAACCCUAUCCCUUCAACAUCUUCUUCAUCAAUGCAUCUUCUAGUUCCCGGCCAACAUCCACCCAAGGUAUCUGUACUGGAUCCACUGAGUGCCCAAAAGAAUGCCUCUAGCUCUCACAGCAGUAACCUGUUACACCCUCCUUGCAUCCUGUUGGAGGUACCCAACAAAUGCCUGUCUCCAAUCAGAGAGGUACCUACCCCUUCGCCCUCACCCGCACUCACACCUAUCAUGCCUCGUCAUCAGCUGGGUAGUCCUAGCCCCAACCUCAGCCCUAACCCUAACCUCAACCCUAACCCUAUCCCUUCAACAUCUUCUUCAUCAAUGCAUCUUCUAGUUCCCGGCCAACAUCCACCCAAGCUUGCGAGAUGCACACAAAUGAAAAGUCUAGCGUUGCCCACCGAUUCAGACGCCGAUGUGGACAUAAGCAUGAGCGUACCAUUCACACAACGAAGGGCUUCGUCCCCCACCCCACCAACAGGCCUCACGAUACCCACCCUCAUGGUACAACAACCCUCGCCUGACCGUCCUCAACCCCCAUCAUUCACCCUGCACCCUGGUUCACCACCUCCCCACAAGGAGAAACCGUCACAGCGAUCGAAAUUUUUGAAGGAGUUUGAUAAACCGACAUCGUUGGAGCUACCUGUGCCUCCCCCAGUGAUCACAGUGACUUGUAGCAUGAGUGAGGCUGAAUCUGACACGGAAUCCCCAGCCAACAAGGGUGGAAUGCCGACUACUAGCGGCAUGUGUUACCUGAGUCCAUUCUCCAUGUGUACCAGAGCUGAUAGGACCACUUCGGAGUCCAACCUGAGCUCCUCUGGUUACAGCUCUAUGGCCAGUCCUGGACCCUCAAGGUGUGGGUCCAACAACCCUCUCUGUCCCUCCGAAUCGGACGACGCCACAGCCCACCACAUGACAACGAGGCGUCCUUCGCCAUUGAUCAAAACCCCGGGCAUCAACCCUUGUCGUCUGCGGGGUCGGUCCGACUCGGAAACCCUCUCCGACGACCCCCAACUGGAGUCUAACGACGAGGGGUUCGGCACAGACCAUCUAGAUGAGAAGAUUGAUGAGGGAGAGUUGAAGAGUGCGAAAGAACUGGAGGUGUUCAUUGGUACGGAACAGAUGUUAGAAGCCAACAAUCGAACUAGUGGUAGUACUUUGAUCGACAUAUCACCCCCCUCCCCACAAACUUGCAUCAGACACUGCAGGAGUAUAGAAUCGGACCUGGAGAACUGUAAAUCGUUGAUGUUGCCACUACACAAGGUGAAACAUUGUGCGAGUGUUGAGGCAGGUUUGGAUUGUUACCGGUUAUCUGUGCCUACUACAGGCAAAGUGAGACAUUGUGGGAGUUUAGGUGAGUGCUUAGACAAGUCCCGUCAGGGAAAAGUGAUGUCAACCCUUCAACUCCCUUCCAUAGUAGUUGACCCAGAUCCUGGAGGGGUUGAAACCAUACAUUGUAGCCCAGUAAGCUCGCGUAGUGAGAGUCCCCUAAGUGAUAAAACAGCGGGACUUGGUAGGUUUUCUCCAAUGUUCUACGGACGGUUGACGGAUUCGGACGGACUCUACGACUGUGCCAGCUCGGAUUGCUGCAAGAUGGCGGCCGCGACUAGUCGGCGGACGUCGUCCGGCAGACGGAAGGAGCGGCGGAGGAGUAAGUCGCCGAAGAAUGUCGCAGUCGUGUCGGUGUCGGUGUCGCAGGGCUUGUUGGACGUGCCCAGUAAGUCGCACUACGACACAGGUCGUCGCAGCAAGCCGAGUCCGAAGCGACGCUCGCGCACGCUGCAGCAGCCGCCCACCGUGUCGUCUACGACAUCGUCGUCAUCCGAGAGUCUCAAUUCCAUUAGGGAAAUGAAUAUGUGCCUAACGCCAGACAAAAGCCCUGACAAGAGUUGGCAGGGAUUGGCUAAAACAGAAUCUGGCUGGACCAAUGAAACUAAAAAUCUUCCCUCCAACGAGGCGUCCGGGGAGGAGACAGGAGAGGACGUAACAGGAGAACAGUCAACAGAACCAGGAUUGAGCUGUUCUGUUGACUCAAACCAGAAAAGCUCGAGGAAAAUUAGUCGAAUACGAACUAUCAGUCAUCAAAUAAGGUUCCUGAGACGACUAGAACAAAGCCUGAAGAAAAAAGAACUGGAACAGUCGUCAGUAACUACUCCGCUUUUGAUGUCGGCCAACUCCAGCGCCGGUUCCGCGGCAAACCGUCAGUCGCACGGCGGUUCCGCCGCAAACCGCCAGCCGCACAGCGGUAGCGGUAGCAGUCGCCUGUCGCGGCUCACCCGCAACCGCGCGACUGUCAGCGAUGAGCCGCUUCUGCCGCCAGAGGAACGCAGCUGGAAGCGGGUCACCAUCACUGGAAGCGGACAUACUGAUUAAAUUAUUAAAAUCUGUUCAACAGUAGAGUGGCUCAUGAAGGAGUCACCUAUUUAGAUGGUACAUGGAAAUUCAUUCAGAAUUGAUACAGAGCUAAAUUAGGAGCGGAGCUGGAUACAGAGCAGAAAUUAUACAGAGCUGAAUGAACAAAACGAUUCAAUCAAUAUAUUUGUUAUAUUGGAUGAAACAUGGAGUAUAAUUCGGAAAUGAUACAGAGCUGAAUUCAGAUCGGAGCUGGAUUCAGAGCUUAAUGGACAUCAUGAUUGAAUUGUAAUAUUGAAAUGUGUUCUACACAGUAGAGUGGUUCAUAAAUGAAUUAUUUGAAUGGGACAUAGAAGCUCAUUCAGAAAUGAUACAGAGAGCUGAAUUCAGAGCAGAAAUAUUAUAUAGAGCUGAAUUCAUCCAGGAAAGACAGAUAGGUGCACCUAUCUUGAUACAUGUAUCUUGCAUUAAAGAUACAGAGCUGAUUUGAUACAGAUAUCAUGUAUAUAUCGAAAGCAGAGCUGAAUACAUUACAGGAAUUAUACAAAGCUGGAAUAAUAUACAGAGCCAAAUUCAUUCAAAAAAGAUACAGAGUUAUAUCUAAGAUUUUAAUAUCGAUAUAAUCUAUUGAUAUUCAACUAUAAUAUAGAUCGAUAUCAGGACUGAAUACAGAGUUCAAAUAAUAUACCGUAUAGAACUGAAUUGAUCCAGAAAAGACAAAUGUUUUAUGUCUUUUUUAAAAGAUACAGAGCUAAUACUGAUACAGAUAUCAUAUUGAUACUGUUGAUCGAUAGCAGAGCUGAUCUGUGAAAAAGGAAAACUAGAUACAGUAUAAUAUACUGAAUAAAAAGACUAGAUGUUGUCCAAAGAAUAGCUAUAGUCGUUUUAUUCAGUAAAGAUAACUACCGUACCACAAUAUCACCUUCACAACUACUCAGAGAACUCUGCAUGUUUUCUAGAUUAAAAGUUCAUGUAUCAUCCAAAUAGGUAACUCCUUUUUGAAACACUCACUUUUUGUAUAACAAUCUGAGUGAUAAUAGCUUGAUAUUGAUUCAAUAGUUGUAUUACUUUUAUUUCUAGACACAUUGAAUAGGUAGGCAGCCAGCACUGGUUGAUUGAAUAUUAUGAUAUACUUCAUACUGAAUGAUAGUAGGCUUACGCCCGGUUACACAAAAGUCUGUCAAAUUUCAAUCAAGAUUGAAAAAAAUGUCACGACGUACGAGAACCAAUCAUAGAAGGCUUUUUUGAAAAAGUGGUCUCUGAUUGAUUUUUAUUGCAUUCAACCACGGUUGAAAUUCAAUGGGAUUUUGAGCAACUGAGAGAGCCUUUCAAUCUGAGAAUAAAAAUAGUAUUUCAAUAUUGAUUCAAUAUUAUUUCAAAUAUUACAACCCAGAUUGUAUAAGCAACUACAGUCAGAAGCACUCUGUGCUCAAUAUUGAUAGAUAUUUUUGUAUUUGCCUCUUCCUAAUCUGUCCUUAUUUAUUUAUUAAUGAUAAUAAAUAGAUAAAUAAGUCUGUCCUUCUAUUCUAGUUCAUGCCCCUCCGAUUUUAGAAUGCACUUUGUGUUCCUUAGAAGGGAAGUUGAGACAAUCAAUAUUUUGAAUCAAUAUCAGUCGAAAUGAUUGGUUUGCUGUAUAUACCUAUAGAAGAGAAAGUGAACACAAUGAACAAAUGUUCAUAUAACAAUACCAGUUCUUCUAUAAAGAACUAUGUUUUUCUCUUCGUGAUAGAGGUAUGUAUAAACAUAAGUAAUAGCUUACAUGAUUAUUGGUGAGCCACAUAUUCCAU